AUGGACUCUAAGUGGACAGCAGAACGAGAUGCCGAAGCUGUAAAAAUUUUAACUGAUGAUGCUUCUGUAAAUAAAGAUAGGCGGUAUUAUCACGUCCGUGAGAAAUUUGAUUUGAUCGAGGUAGCUGGCGUCCGACGAGUGCGACGGAAACGCGAUCAACGUAUUAUGGCAGUAGUCGACAGUUUCCAUAGUAUUAUCCGUGACAUGCAUGUGGCCAAUGAACAUAAAGGUGAGACAAAAACACACAAAAAAAUAAUGGAGCAUUACUCUAAUAUUACUAUGGCUGAUGUAAAAACUUAUAUCGCUAAUUGUGAAAGGUGUGUGGAAAAAUUAAAAAAAAAAAGUACGCGAGGCGUUGUUGUGCGGCCUAUUUUAGCUUCUUCCUUAAAUGAACGUGGGCAAGUGGACCUUGUCGACUUUCAAAGUUUACCUGACGGUGAUUUUAAAUUUAUUCUUCAUUACAAAGAACACUUGACAAAGUUUUCAUUUUUCCGGCCUCUGAAAUGCAAAAAGGCUUCGGAAGUGGCGAAAGAACUGUUACACAUAUUUUUAACGUUUGGUGCACCUCACGUUCUACAGUCCGAUAAUGGUCGCGAAUUCACUGCCGGUAUUAUAAAAGAAUUAGCGUUAUUAUGGCCAGAUUUAAUAUUAGUAAAUGGUCGGCCACGUUAUCCACAAAGCCAAGGAUCUGUAGAAAGAGGUAAUUGUACACUGAAGGAUUCACUGGUGGCGUGGAUGCGAGACAACAAAACUGCCGCAUGGAGUUAG